CGCGGGGCCUGCAGCUGGGCGUAAUUACCCUUAUCCUCCUCUGAGUUGGUCUUGAGGCCUUACACCAACUCACCUGUAGCUGGGCGAGGCAGCGGAACCCAAUGCACCUCCCAGGGGCUGCAUGCUGCCCUGGGAAUCUUCCCUCGAGACUCGCCAGGCGUCCUGGGACCAUGGGCUCUAAGACCAUGUACCCUCGCCGGCUUGCAGCAGUGGACUCGCAGUCCAGCCCUGGCCCCGGCCCCCGGGACAGGGAGCUCGGCGUGCUACCCAGCAGGAGCUGGAGCCGGGGUUUGCAGGGGGCGGCUGCCCCAGAGCGCCCGAGCCUGGGGCCCUCGGACCGGAGGAGCACAGGUGCAUAUACCUUGAUAGCACCGAAUGAAACUCGGAGACAUCAGAUCCAAAGGAUUGCCGAGCAAGAGCUGGCCAGCUUGGAGAAGUGGAAGGAACAGAACAGAGCUAAACCAGUUUAUCUCUUGCCAAAACGGCUGGGUGGAAGUCAGUCAGAGUCUGAAGUCAGGCAGAAGCAACAGCUCCAACUGAUGCAAUCUAAAUACCAGCAAAAGCUAAAAAGAGAAGAAUAUAUAAGAAUCAAGAAGGAAACUGAAGAAGCUGAGCUCCAGAAAAUGAAGGCAAUCCAGAGAGAGAAGAGCAAUAAACUGGAGGAGAAAAAGGCACUUCAAGAAAAGCUCAGAAGAGAAACACUUAGGGAGCAUCACCAAUACAAAACUGCCGAGUUCUUGAGCAGAAUGGACAGAACGCUGCCACGCAGAAGUGCCUGUCAAUUUGCUCCUCGUGGCCCACAGUCAUCAACAUGGGGUAUAUGAGAAAUAUUAGUUGCCAUCUGGCCUUCAUCAGCUGACCUUGGAAAAACCUCCUGAGAUGCUUUACCUUAAUGCAAUUUAGUUCAGCCUCACCGUUUUUUACCUUAGCUUUGAUGGCCUGUUCACUCAACUGAGCAGUUAGGGAUGGUCAAUUUCUCCCUGUCAUUAGUUAUGCAUGUUUGCAGGCACUGAUUACUACACUCAUUUAAUUCCUACUGCCUGCAAAAUGUUACGUUAUUUUUAUAAUUGAUUUUGCCUCUUAUUAGAAUUGCUAGAACAAUAUUAUUAAGACAAAAAAACAAUCACUUGAUACUUUCAGGUUAAUGAGAACACUGGAUGCUACAGGCUUCUUUCUAUAAGCAACUAUUUCUAAGCUAAUUUUCAGAUCAGGUUUGGGGAAGCUUUGAGAUCUUUUUAGAUUUUUAUACAUGCUAUCUUAAUCUAGGCAACAAACAUGACCAAAGGAAAAAUAUCAUAUACUGUAUUAAACUUACAAAUAAAUUUUGAACUGCUUUUAUGGAAAUGAGUUGCUUUUAUUUUUGGUGAAAAGCUCUUAGGCUUUUCUCUCUUCAGGAGUCUUAUUUUAAUAUUUCUUUUUACAGUCUCUAUAGAUCAAAUAUAGUAAAAUAAUCACCGCUGAAUCUUGGCUCUUACUUUGGUCUUUAUUAAUAUGGUCCCCCUGAUUUUCAGACUGGCACAAAUUAUUUCUAUAAAAACCAACGAGACACAAACGCAGACAUCGUAUGUGGUUCCUAGGUUUACUGAAAACGUUUCUUUGCCUAAUGCCUCUUAUUUGCCAUUGCCUAUCCAAUAGGCUUUGCCAUUCAACUUCUGUAAGCUUGAACCAGUUCAUGCCCCCCAGAGUACCCACACUGAUUUCCCCUUCUAUGUUGUCAUAAUCCACUUCCUGGACCCACGCCCACCCCGUUAUAUAAGGAAA